AUGUCUACGCCGGAAGAGCGGGCAGUUGCCUUCAAGAACGAUGGCAACAAGGCUUUCGCUGCCCACGAUUGGCCGAAGGCUAUCGAGUUGUACACCAAGGCCAUCGAGCUGAACGAUAAGGAGCCGACAUUCUACACCAACCGCGCUCAGGCAAAUAUCAAGUCUGAGGCGUACGGCUAUGCUAUCUCGGACUGUUCCAAGGCGCUCGAAUUGAACCCGAAGCUGGUCAAGGCAUACUUUCGCCGAGGCCUUGCCCAAACCGCCUGCAUCAGACCCAAGGAUGCCGUAGUCGACUUCAAGGAGUGUUUACGACUCGAUCCGAACAACAAAGACGCUAAAUUGAAGCUGGACGAAUGCAAAAAGAUUGUGCGCAAGUUGGACUUCUUCGCUGCCAUCGAGGUCGGCGACGAGCCCUCUGCAGCUGAGGGUCUCGAUAUCAGCGUCAUCAACGUCGAGGAGGACUACGAUGGCGUCAGAUUGGAAGAAGAGAUGACCCAGGAGUUCAUCGACGACAUGACAGAGCGAUUCAAGAAGGGCAAGAAGAUCCACAAGAAAUACGUCUACCAGAUCAUCUUGGCCGUCAAGAAGAUUGUUUACGACGAGGCGACGAUGGUAGAGAUGGAGAUCCCUGAGGGCACUCAACUUACUGUCUGUGGUGACACACACGGCCAGUACUUCGAUCUGAUGGAGCUGUUCCGCCUCAACGGAACCCCCAAUGACAAGCAUUACUACCUGUUCAACGGCGACUUCGUCGAUCGUGGAUCAUGGUCCACCGAGAUCGCACUCCUGCUUUACGCCUACAAAUGGCUGCGCCCCAAGGCCUUCUUUUUGAACCGCGGCAACCAUGAGACCGACGACAUGAAUCGCGUUUACGGUUUCGAGGGCGAGUGCAAGGCGAAGUACAACGAGAGAAUCUUCAAGCUGUUCUCCGAGAGCUUCUCGGCUUUGCCUCUUGCGACUCUGAUCGGCACUAAGUACCUCGUGCUGCACGGAGGUCUGUUCUCUGACGACAAGGUCACUUUGGAUGAUAUCCGUAAACUUGACAGGCAUGCUCAGCGCCAACCCGGUCAGGCUGGCCUCAUGAUGGAGAUGCUUUGGACAGAUCCCCAGGACGAGCCGGGCCGUGGCCCCAGCAAGCGUGGUGUCGGCAUGCAAUUCGGCCCAGACGUCACCAAGAAGUUUUGUGAGAACAACGGCCUUGAAGCCGUCAUCCGCAGCCACGAAGUCCGCAUGGACGGUUACGAAGUGCAGCACGACGGACGAUGCAUUACUGUCUUCUCUGCGCCCAGAUACUGCGACUCUACCGAGAACAGAGGCGCGUACAUCAACAUUGGCCCCGACUACGAGUUGCAGUUUCAGCAGUUUGACGCUGUUCCCCACCCGGAUAUCAAGCCCAUGGCGUAUGCUCAGAGCUCUCUCAUGUCGUCUCUGAUGUAG